AAGGAAAAAGGCUUAGCUUCUGGUGGGAUCAUUGGUGUGGGGAAGGGUGUCUUGCUAAUAGGUUUCCAAGAUUAUAUUUGUUAUCAACAGGUAAAGAGAACAAGUGCUACCAGAUGGGCAAUGCUAGCAAUGGCUCAUGGAAAUGGAACUUAAAAUGGAGAAGGAAUUUGUAUGAGUGGGAAGCUGCUGAAGCUAUGGAACUUCAAAAGAUGAUAGAAGAUGAGAAGAUAUCAGAAGGUGACCCCGACAAAUGGGAGUGGACUCACGACAAGAGAGGCCAAUAUUCAACCAAAACUGCUUAUUCUCUUCUAUCAUUGGAGCAAGGGGAAGUGAAUGAAGCAAAGACUUUCAAAAGAAUAUGGAACCCCAGUCUCCCUAGCAAAAUUUCAGCUUUCAAUUGGCAAUUACUACUGGAUAGAAUACCAACCAAGGCUAAUUUGCUAAGAAGAGGGGUCAUUAAGGAUGCGACAGAAGCUAAGUGUGCCCUUUGUAAUGAAGAAGAAGAGGAUUCUACUCACUUGUUCUUGAACUGCAAAAUUGCAAGAUGGGUGUGGAUGGCUUGCUCAAAAUGGUGGGGGACCAACAUCACAGUGAACAGGGAUUGCUGAAAUACUUUCCAACUCAUUGGGAAGGGCACUAAAGGAUCAAACAUCAGAGAAGGCAUGGAUUGUAUGUGGAAAACUGUUGUGUGGUCCGUGUGGAUUGCUAGAAAUCAGAGGAUCUUCCACAAUAAAGAGGACAAAGAGAU